AUGUGGUCUUUUUUUAGCAGAGAUGCGUCUAAGGACUUUGCUUAUGAAUUGGGUGCUGAAGAGCAUAAAAUAUCAGAAUUCUCAUUUUGGCAGUUACACCAAGGGAAAAAAAAAGCAACAGGAGAACCUGUUAGUAUUUUUGUAUUUGAUGCUUCCAGUUCAGAAACUCCAGUUAUGCUUGACAUGGCCAAGUUAGCCGUUAAACGUACGAAAACUUUGAGGCAUCCAAGUAUCCUUUCCUAUGUUGAUAGCUUGGAGACAGACAAAUUUAUUUAUCUUGUUGUUGAACCAGUGGAACCUUUAGAAGUCCAUCUAUCGAAAACCACAAGUACGUCUGAACAGAAGCAAUUUGCGAUUUCAUGGGGUUUACAUCAAAUAGCUACUGGUAUAUCAUUUCUGAAUAAAGAUUGCCAAUUAUGCCACCACAACAUCUGCCUAGGAUCAAUCUUUGUCGAUCGUGCAGGUGAAUGGAGAUUGUUUGGCUUGGAAUAUGUAACACCUGCUGCAGAGCCUCCACCUAUCAAAGUUUUACCUUCUCUGAAAAAUUACAAUCCACCUGAAUGUGAAGCACCUACAAAACAGGACUGUCCACCUUGGGCAUCAGAUAGCUGGGGACUUGGGUGCUUGAUAUGGGAAUCAUUUAAUGGUAGGCUGCAAAAGACUUCAUUAUUGAAAGCUCCUGGAAAGAUUCCAAGUAGUUUGACUCCAUUUUAUUGUGAGCUUGUUUGUGCGAAUCCGAAGUCCAGGCCCAAUGCAUUGACAUUUUUGAAAAAAGCAUCUAAAGGAAAAGGGUUUUUCAAAAACAAAUUUGUUGAAACAAUGCUUUUUUUAAGCGAAAUUCAUAUAAAAGAUAAUGAAGAAAAGAUAAACUUUUUUAACAAGUUAUCAUCUUCCCUGGAUGCGUUUCCUCAAGAUGUGUGUCUGUAUAAAAUUUUACCAGAGCUUAUUAAUGCUUUUGAGUAUGGAAAUGCUGGUUCUUCAGUUCUUUCGCCACUUUUUAAAUUAGGAAAGCUUUUAUCAGAAGAAGAUUAUCAGAAGAAAGUUGUUCCUUGUGUAGUUAAAAUGUUUUCAUCUAAAGAUAGAGCUACGAGAGUGAAACUAUUACAGCAAGUAGAGCAAUUCAUUGAUCACAUUCAACCUUCUGUUGUUAAUAGCCAAAUAUUUCCUAAUGUUGCUCAAGGAUUUUUAGAUACAAAUCCAACAAUUAGAGACCACACAAUAAAGUGUAUGGUCUACUUAGCACCAAAAUUAAAUUAUCAGAAUUUAAAUGAAGAAAUGCUGAAACAUUUUGCAAGAUUACAGUCCAAAGAUGAUCAAGGAGGCAUACGAACAAAUACAACAGUUUGUUUAGGAAAAAUUGCAUCCUAUUUACAUCCUCAAACUAGGAAGAAAGUUUUGAUCAGUGCGUUUUUAAGAGCUUUAAGGGACCCUUUUCCUCCUGCACGAGCAGCAGCUAUAUUAGCUCUUUCAGCUACUGAGCAUUAUUACAGUGUCAAUGACUGUGCAACUAAAGUAUUACCAGCUCUUUGUCAUUUCACGGUCGAUCCGGAGAAAUCUAUUAGAGAUCAAACAUUCAAAGCAAUUGGAGGUUUUCUUUCAAAGUUGGAGAAAGUUUCAGAAGAUCCAACCUUGCUGGAAAAAUUGGAAAAAGAACUAGAAACAACUGGUCCUGCCUCAAUUGCUGCCAGUUGGACAUCAUGGGCUGUGACUUCACUUACUGACAAAUUAUAUAAUAGAUCUAGGACAAAAAGCCCCAGUCCAUCUUCAAACCAAUCUCCAACAGCUAUAUCACCGACCUUAUCUGAUGCUGCUAAAAAUGCUGAAAAAGAUGUCAAAGAAGAAAAUUCACCAGUUAGUAAUACUGAUUCUUGGAGCAAUGACUGGGACGAAGAGAAUUGUCUUGAAGAAACUGAAAUGAAUUCAUCUUCAGCAGACUUUGAUGAACAAAAAGAGGAUACAAACGACUGGGAAGACGCAUGGGAAAGCUUUGAGACGGAUAAGGCGUUUGCUAAGAAUACUGAAAAAUUAAAGAGUUUUUUCCCAACUGAAGAUGAAGAUCCAUUUCAACCGUCUGAGAAAAAGCUUGAAGUGCAAAAAGAAGUUGUUAAAGACUGGGACUCACUGGAAAGUUGGGAGACUUGGGAAGAUCCUAAAGAAGAGAGUACAUCUUCGAAGAUUGAAUCUCACCGACAAAGACAAGAACAGAAUCGCUUAGCACGUGAGGAAAAGAGGCGACAACGACAGAAAGAACAGCAGCAAGCACGACCGAGAAAACUGGGAGCGCAAAAAAUUUCCUGAAAUAUUUAUAAUUCAGUAAUGGAUGUGAUCAUGAAUAUGAUGUUUUGUAUUAAAAUAAUUUUAUCUAAGUCAUAUUUUAUGUAAUAAAAUUAAUUUUAUAUCAGUAUGAAAAUACUUCCUUUUCAAAAAACUAGAACUCAGUUUCAUUUAAAAAAUGAAUACAAUUGAUCUUCUGUAUAUGAAUUUUUUCUAAGAGUCUGUUAUGCAAUAAAUUAUAAUAGUUUUAGAUAUACAUAAAUGAAAGACUCUGCUUGUGAACUUUUCAUUUGUGUGAAAGAAAUGCACAUGGAAUAGUAGUAAAAAUAAAAAUUAUGACAGUUUUAUAAAACAUUAUACAAGCAUAAAAUAAAUUAAUAAAAAUUGUAGGCAAGUAAAGAUUUAAGAUUGUACCAGAUUUUAGACUUUUUUUAAAAAGAGGACAGUAUGAUAUAGUUGUAAAAUUAAAGUUUUAAAGACAUAUAAAUGCAAAACAAGGAAUAUUAUUUUGUAUAUUUGUCAUGCAAAUAUAGCAAGUACUUAUUGCAUUAAAUAUUAUCAUCCUUUAGUUUAAAAUAAAGGGAAGCAAAAUAAAAUCUUUCAUUAAGUUCUUUUUAAUAUGCUUAACAAGUUUUGUGUUUUGCAUAAUAUAUUUUUGUACAGUAAACACAUUGCAUUUGCCCGUAAUGAAUUAAAGUAGACCAUUUUCUAUUCAUAUAGUUCUUGAACACUCAUUGUUAAAUAGUUCCCCCUCCCACAAAAUUCAUAAUGACCUUUUUAUUAACUUGCUUUUUUUAUAAAUUAAAAUUUCUGAUCAGAUAAUAAAAGUUACAGCAAAUGGAUAAAUUUUAUAAUUGAUUUUGACAAUGCAAAAAAAAAAAAAAAAAAAAAAAACUUGCAAAUGUUUCACAUGAAAUAUAUUUUAAUAAUAAAUAAAAUCAUAGUUUGUACCAUUUGGUGUUGCUUUCUGUGGUACUUAUAUGAAAUAAAUGAGGUUAUCAUUCUCACUAUGCAUAAAGUCUUAUAUGUUAACAUGC